AUGCUCCGCCCUCAGAGACCACUCCUCCUGAGACCUCCCGGGCCCCUGCCUGUCACACCGGGGCCCACUGAAGACUUUGACUUUGAGGAGCAUCUGGACGUGUGUUUGUCCUCACACAACGAGCCCCCUCACACCCGGUCCUCAUACAACCAGGCCCCUCAUACGACCAGUCCUCACACAACCAGCCCUCUCACACCCGGCCCCCUCAUACCAGGCCCUUACACAACUAGGACCCUCACACACCCGGCCCUAUCACACCCAGCCCUCUCACACCCGGCUCUCACACAACCGGACCCCUCACACCCGGCUCUCACACAACCGGACCCCUCACACCAGGCCCUCACACAACCGGCCCUCACACAUUCAACCGUCACACCCAGUCCUCAUACAACCAGGCUCCUCACACCCGGCUCUCACACAACGGGACCCCUCACACCAGGCCCUCACACAACUGGCCUCCACACACCGGACCCCUCACACCCGGCCCUCACACACCCGGGCCUCACACAACAGGCCCUCACACAACCGGGCUGUCACACCCGGCCCUCACACAACCGUCCCCCUCACACCAGGCCCUCACACACCAGGCCCUCACACAACCAUCCCCCUCACACCAGGCCGUCACACACCAGGCCCUCACACAACCGGACCCCACACACCAGGCCCCCACACACCAGGCCCUCACACAACCGGACCCCUCACAACCAGCCCUCACACAACCGGGCCUCACACAACCAGCCCUCAUACACCCGGCCCCCUCACACCUGGCCCUCACACAACCUGCCCGCAGUGUAA